CUUUGGUUCCACUUUGCGACUUGUUUCUAAGACGGACAGAUUUUAGUGGUGCACACGGAAGAAGAGGAACGUGUUUACAAAUAAAGUUUUUGACGACGGGCAACAAUAGAAUCAGUUUUAAGAGGGUUCUGCACAAACAAACUGUAUUUAAGUGCAUCAAGAAUCACAUUAUACAAAGGAUGACUGUAUGUUUGAGCCCAUGACCUUUCAGAGAGGUUGAAGCAUGGCAGAUGAGGAAGGCAAGCUGACGCUGAGGCGUCUAGAAGCUCCCAUCCAGAAGUUCAUCAAAGUGGUAAUACCCACUGAUCUGGAGCGCCUUCAUAAGCACCAGCAUAACAUAGAGAAGUUCCAUAGAAACCAACAAUGGGACAAACUGCACCAGGAGCACAUCAAUGCUAGCCGCACCGUGCAGCAGUUGCGCUCUAAUCUGCACGAGAUGGAGAAGUUGUGCCACCGUGUUCGCAGUUCUGAAGCUUCUUCGCUGGAGAAACUCGUCCAGCCAAUCAGAGAGCGCGCCUUGGUCGCCGCUCAAGACUUCCUGCGCCUUCAUUCAGACUCUGUCAAUCAUCCAGGGACACGCCCACAUCAGGCCGACGGCACAGACACUCACACGACCUCCGACUCAGCAUAUAGUGAAGAUGAUGUGGGCGGAGACGAGUCACCUGUCACUCAGUUUCAAGUUUAUUUACCUGCUAUUCCAGCUGAACAAAAUGCUGCAGAAUCCUGGGACUCCUUAGAGGAGGAUCUAUUGGAGCUCAAUGGGUUAGUGAAGGAGUUCUGCUCUCUCGUGCAUGCUCAGCAGGAGAAGAUCGACAGCAUUGAGGCCAACGUUAUCACGGCGACGGCUAACGUGGAGGAGGGGACACGCAGCCUCGGGAAGGCAGCAAAGUCGAGCCUGGCAAUGUUGCCCGUAGCAGGUGCAGUGGUUGGCACCGUCUUGGCAGGACCACUUGGAUUGCUGGCGGGAUUUAAAGUGGCCGGCAUGGCAGCCGCAGUGGGAGGAGGCUUGAUCGGCUUCGCCGGAGGAAACUUCAUCCAACGCAAGAAGAAAGAAAGAGUGGAGCUUCAGCUUCAACGACUCAACACUAACCAUGAACACGAGCAUGUGCAAUAACACACCUGCUCCUGGUGAGGAGACUGGAGUCCUGUACUGCCGCUGGUAUUUAUACAUCAUGUAGAGUCUUACUGCUCCUCUCUCAACUCAACUGCCUUAAACAGACUGCACCAAAACAGCAAUUUCCAAAGAGUGUGUAGCAGUAUAUGAUAUCAUAACCCGCGUUAUCGACGUGACUGCUGGUCAGACGGCCGUCCGGGUGCCAUAUGGGUCGUGGUUUAAAAAAAAAAAGAAGAGAUUUUUAUCGAUCGAGCUGAGCCAGUUCACAGGCACCAGGGGGUCAUCGGUGUUGGGGUUAUGAAUGAUGAGCUUGAGUGCAGCACAAAUUGUACCGUUAAGUGUGAGUAAGGAGACAUCCGCUAAAAUCACACACAAUACCAGACAACAAUAAAGGACAAUCACAAUUAGGCCUGUCACAAUGAUUACAGAACAAUACAUUAGUUAAUUCUCUAAUAUCUAAUAUACUGUAUAUAAGCAGAUUGUUCUUAAUUUGUUCAGAUUAAAGCACUGUAACGUCCUGUUUUAACUUUUCUAAACCAAUGCUUUUGAUCUCUAACCCAUUUGCAAUGAGUGUUAUUCACCUUGUAAUUUAGCAGUUUACAUUAAAUGCCUGCAGAUGAAUUAGGAUUACUUAUAGAUGAGUCUUACUGACUUUCUGCUGCAUACAGUGUGACAGAUACCUUAGCAGUAGGUUGUGUGUGUGUAAUAAAGCGAGUUUUUAAUGUGAAUUAUUACACUACAGAUACAGAUAAGUAUACAUGGACCGUGCCAGGCUCGGUCUCUCACACACGAAUUUGUGCCAACAGCUUUCUAACACCUUUAGUACUGUUGUGUAACUAAUGCAGGUAGGUAACUAGCUGGUUUUGUUAAAAAGUGCUCCGAUUCACCACGUUUAUAUAGUUUCUAACAAACGAAAAAAAAAAUCAAAGCUGCUUACUUUUCUUUAAACCCUGUUGUUCUUGUUCAAACAGGUCAAAUAAUUUAAGCUUAAAUGUUUAUGAUCCAUGGAGAAAGAUCUAGAAAAUUAAACUGAGAUCUGGAUAUUUGGAUUCUUGCUAACAUUUACAAAUAAAGGGUUCUGGCUAAGUGUAUGUAUGCAUAAAUUUUAAAAGAAGGAAUAAAUAAAUAAAUAAACUAAU